CUUGACAGUAAGAUGAAGGAGAGCAACAACAUCCAGGUUUUAAUUCGUUUUGAAUAAGAUAAUUGUCAAGCACGAUACCGAGAUUUGUCACGGAAAAAGCUAGUAGUCUUCACGCGCUUCGGUGGCUUCCAGUUCCUGCUGUAGGUAGCAGCAUCACAUGAAAAAAUGUUCGAAUGUUUUGUUGCAGUGAAAAUGCUUAAACUGGGGUUUUGUGUUUUGUGUGUUAUAGCAACCGGUCAGUAUUUCUCAUAUUGUAUAAUAACAUCCUGCCAUAUUAUACAAGAUGGCCCAGUGUAAUAGUAUCGUGGGCGAAAUCUAUUUUACUUAUAGUGACAUUUGCUUCUAAAGUGUAUGCUACACCAAUUGAUGAUAAACUAGACUUUGGUACCGACAAGACUAGUUCAAUCAUAGGUCGAAAGUCUGGGCGAACCUACUCCGAUUCACCGUAUCCCACAAAGUACACCAAUACCGCCACAAAGCCUGUAAACGAGAAGAAUCUGAACGAGGCCAGCAAAGCAUGUUCACCAACUGGCUGCAACGUUACCAAAAGCGUAACCACCAAAGAAUAUAUUGAAGGUGUGGAUGGAGAUGUGGUGGUCAAGAUAGAAGCUAAAGUUGGUGUGAAUAAGGACAAUAUGCCCAUCGACGUCCCUGAUAUUCCAGUUGUCAUAGGUUACGCUGGAGCCGACGACACAACCUCCAACUCGGGAUACGACCAUGUGAAAGAAAAAUACCCACCAACUAGCACGAGUUACUACCCUAUCGUUCCAAACUAUGCAGCUGCUUACCCUGGCACAUCUGUGCCCAUGAACAAGCAUUACAACUACAACCGAUACAACACACAAAAUAUCCAUCAAAAAAAUCAGAACACCUACGGAUAUGUCAUGAAUCCUUCCGCUGCUCGGUACCCAUCUAGUUAUGGAUACGUCAAUUACCAACCUGUCAAUAACGUUCCUGUAUCACGUAGCCUCCAAAAUGGUUACGGGUAUGUUAACUACCAACCGAUGACUCCAGUUAUUGGGUCUCGCCAAAAUGGGUACGGGUAUGUGAGCUACAUGCCAAUGAAUCUUCAUGUCAUGACAAUUGAUACUUUGAUGAAAGCACCCCAUUUGAAGCCUGACUAUACUCUGGACUAUCCAUAUUCUGGUAAUACCGAAUACAGCUCUACUAGAGGUUCUAACUCUGCGGGGUUUCAGGGUACCAAGACCAUGUGGGUUCCAUCUCUUCCGAUCCCUUCGAGGGUACCGAAAUCAUAUAGGAGCGGGGUGACGCUUUCGACGUUGAACGAUGAAGCUAAGGACAAAGCUGUUGGAAUAGACGAUAAGCUGAACUUUGGUGACAGCUAACUUUUUCUGCAUACAUAAUAAUGUAAAAUAUGUAGAGUUAAGAAACUAUUGUUGAUUUUGUCAUGUCAUUAUUGUACAAUGUUGUACAAGCUUUUACCUUGAAACCUUGUAAAAAGAAGUAAAUAUAUCAAUAGGAAAGUUUGAGUUG